UUUAGCUUAGGUGACUUAUCAGAUAAUCAGUUAUCUCAUUCAUCAUUCUUCAUCUUCAAUUGAAAAUCUAGUCCUCGGACGUGUUAUUUCGUGAAUUGUAAUUUUCUGGUGAUAUUUAUUCGAUUAAUUGGAGUACGUAAUUCGUGAUUAGUAACAAUUAUCCGUUGGUUGAAUCUCAUCUCAGUGUUUCAUCGUGCAAGUGUACAAGGAAGUAAAAGGAAGGGGUUCACGUACCUACGAGUAUAAAAGAUUGGUACCAGUACAAAUGGGCACUCCAGCUCCAGCUAUCGGUAUAGAUUUGGGUACUACGUACUCGUGCGUCGCUGUUUUCCAGCAUGACCAAAUUGAAAUUAUCGCCAAUGAUCAAGGUAACAGAAUAACCCCCAGUAUCGUGGCAUUUUCUUCCGAAGAAGGAAUGUUGAUAGGAGAAGCAGCGAAAAAUCAGGCAGCGAGGAACGUGAAAAAUACCAUUUAUGAUGUUAAACGAUUGAUGGGCCGUGAAUUUAAUGAUGCUACUGUUCAGGCCGAUAUGAAGCACUGGCCUUUUCGAGUUCGUAAUUAUGAGAACAAACCCAACAUCCUAGUUGAUUUCCAAGGCACUAAUAAAAUGUUUAUUCCUGAAGAGAUAUCCGCGAAGAUAUUACAAAAAAUGAAAGCAACCGCUGAAGCUUAUCUUGAUGGUAGAACUGUCAAGAAUGCUGUUAUCACCGUUCCAGCUUAUUUCAACGAUUCUCAAAGACGGGCCACAAAAGAUGCCGGUAUUAUCUGCGGUUUGAAUGUAUUACGUAUUAUCAACGAACCUACUGCCGCUGGCUUCGCUUACGGUUUACAGAAUAAAAACUCCGCCAAACAAACGGUUUUGAUUUUCGAUCUCGGCGGCGGAACCUUCGACGUAUCCAUUUUAACCAUCCAAAACGGUGAAUUCGAAGUUAUUUCAACCGCCGGUCAUCCGCACUUGGGAGGUGAAGAUUUCGACAACCGAAUGGUCGAACAUUUUGUUCAAGAAUUUCAACGUAAACACGGAAGAGAUCUAAGUCAAAACUGGAGAGCUCGUCGUCGCCUGCAAACCCAAUGCGAACUAGCAAAGAGAACUUUAUCAUCUACUACGAUGGCCAAAAUCCAAAUCGAUUCUCUGUGCGAUGGCAUCGACUUUUAUAGUACGAUAACGCGAGCUAAGUUUGAAGAAUUGAACAUUGAUUUCUUUCAAAACGCAAUUGCACUGGUUAAAAAAGCAAUUCUAGAUGCUAAGAAUAAGAUCGAUAAAAUUAAAAUCGAUCAAGUGAUCUUAGUUGGCGGAUCAUCUCGAAUCCCUAAAAUACAAAAGAUGUUGCAAGAUUUUUUCGUGGGAAAGCCAUUGAACAAAUCGAUCAAUCCGGAUGAAGCUGUAGCCUAUGGAGCCGCCGUUCAGGCGGCAAUAUUGAACGGAGAAAGAUCGACGGCUGUGCGAGAUUUAGUAUUGAUUGACGUUACACCAUUUUCUUUGGGUACUAGUGUUGGACGUGAUAAUAAAAUGAGCGUUAUAAUUGAACGGAACACGGCUAUUCCUGCAAAAAGAACUGAAAGAUACUCCACAAUGGAUGAUAAUCAACCUGCGGUUGUUAUUGAUGUUUACGAAGGUGAAUGUGCUUUUACGAAAGAAAAUCACUGCCUUGGUAAGUUCAGGCUCACAGAUAUUCCUCUGAAACCCGCCGGCCAAGUUGCAAUUGACGUAACGUUCGAAAUCGAUGCUGAUGGUAUCUUAAACGUGACUGCUGUCGAAAGAUCAACCGGUAAUUCCAAACAUCUUACCAUUACGCGUGAUGAAGGUCGUCUUACUAAGAAAGAAAUUAACCGUAUGGUUCAAGACGCCGAAAGCUGCCUGAAGACCAUGGUGCUAUGAAAGGAAUACGCUGAAAUUUAAUAUUGGCUCAUCAUAUUUCGAUAAGUACUUUCUUGUUUCAAUUAUGACAAUUGACAAAUGUUUAUAUUUUGAGUUAUUUUCAUUUUGUUGGGUUUGACAGGAUUUAAUCAUGUUAUAGAUUACCUAGUUGAGGAUUUUUAUUUUUUUUUAAAUCAAGUAUUUUGUUUUUGAGUGGUCAAUUGAUCAUGUUUGUUAUUUUAUUUAAUUCCUACCUGCGCGUUGAUUUUUUUCCACAAAAAUUGUGGUUUUAAAGUUCAUUAUGAAUGAAAAAUAUAUCAUAUAACGAAUGA